AGAUGGCGGUCUAAUUACGCGAUUGGAAGACAGUCGUUCCUUGUUUAUUUUGUUGGCUGUUUUGGACCCGGCACCGUGGAUCAGUAUGGUACGGGUGUGCCUGGGCCAAGGCAUAAAAGCCCAUAAAGUCUGAGAGACUUUGUUGAUUCUUUCCAGCAAACCGCACCAUGGCCCACGUAGAACUUGACCGUCUGCAAGCAUGCUUGAUUUUCGCACUCGAUACACUCCGGAAGGAGAUGGACAACUCUCAGCUUCCUCCCCUCAGUCAAGAAAGCACAGUGGAUCACCCAUUGGACGACGCAACAACCUAUCUACCAAGUACGGGGUUGUUUGAAGCUCGCCGCCUCUCUCUAGCAUGCCUGGGAGAGAUAAAGAACCUUAUCCAGUCGCCUUUGGAUAAGUGCAUGGAAGAGAGGUUCACGGUAUAUGGCGUCGCCUGCACCGAUACCCUCAUCAAGACUGGUAUCAUCGAUUACAUGUCUGACUUGCCAAACCCCUCCCAAGGCGUCCCGGCCGCUGAACUGGCAUCAAAGUUUGAACUUGAUUCUCAAAAACUUGUUCCCAUUCUCCGCUGCUGCGCAGCCAGUGGUUGGGUUAGGGAGACCCGUGAUUCCGCAUUUGCUUUAAACAGAUGCUCGCGCACUUUCAUUGAAGGUCAUGCGGGUCGGAGACUGAACUUUUCUAUGCCUGGGUUUAUGUCGAUGGUAGAAACCAUACCACACUGGGUGGCGGAAUCGGAUUGGAAACUAUCGCGUUCUCCAGAGCAAACUGCUUUUCAGAUUGCGUUCAACACACCCCUGUUGUCGUUCUCCUGGGUUAUGGAGAAUCCAGAUGUCCUCGUUCCCAUUGCGGAUCAUCUCCAGGUAUUCGGUGACAUCUCUACGCCGAGCAUCGUGGCAGACUACCCAUGGGAACGGCUGGAAACACCCGUCAUCGUUGAUUGUGGUGGGGGCGAGGGUGGCCUAAUUUCGGCCAUUCUGGAUGCGCACCCUUCCUUCCGGGCCAUCGUGCAGGAUAUGGAGAAUGUGGUCGCACUGACAAGUUCGAUUAUGGAAGAACGCCGGCCUCGUGAUAUUGAAAAUGGUGUACUUAAGGUGGAAGCCCACGACUUUUUCCAGCCUCAGCCACGGAUCGGAAACGAGUAUAGCUUUAUCUUGCGUCAUAUAAUGCAUGAUUGGCCGGACAAAGAAGCGGCGACAAUACUGGGAAACGUAGCUAGUGCACUGGGUCCCAAGUCCAAGAUACUCAUCAUCGACAUGGUAGCUGUCCCGAACUCAGAUGCCACUACCACCACGAGCGCCAAAUCCUUACUUAAUAGCGGUGCUAAAGGUCCCGACUACAGGAUUCCAUCGCACUUUGGCUCAGCAUCUAAAAUUGUAAGCGGUUCCUCGGUGCACAUGCUGACCAUGAUCAACGGUUGCGAGAGGUCUUUGCGUGAGUGGGAGAAACUUGUGAAGAGAUGCGGGCUCCGCAUCACGAAUAUUUACCCCCUGCGAGCUCACACUUCCAUUAUUGAAUGUGCACUGGACACACGAGCAGUGAAGUUGUAA